AUGGUUCUAGCGCAGCUAGGAGGGAGCAUUUCCCGUGCUCUCCAGCAGAUGAGCAAUGCAACGGUCAUCGACGAGAAAGUCCUCAACGAAUGUCUCAACGAAAUCACUCGAGCUCUCCUUCAAUCCGAUGUUCAAUUCAACCUCGUUCGAGACAUGCAGACCAACAUCAAGAAGAUCGUCAAUCUCCAAGACCUCGCCGCCGGUCACAACAAACGCAAAAUCAUCCAACAAGCUGUGUUUAACGAACUCUGCAAAAUGUUGGAUCCUGGAAAGUCCUCUUUCGUUCCCAAAAAAGGGAAACCUAGUGUCGUCAUGUUUGUUGGUUUACAAGGUUCUGGAAAAACUACAACAUGUACAAAAUAUGCGUAUCAUUAUCAGAAGAAAGGAUGGAAGCCAGCUUUAGUGUGUGCAGAUACAUUUAGAGCGGGUGCGUUUGAUCAAUUGAAGCAAAAUGCCACUAAAGCUAAGAUCCCUUUUUAUGGAAGCUAUAUGGAGUCAGACCCUGUCAAAAUUGCUGUGGAAGGUGUGGAGAGAUUCAAGGAAGAAAACUGUGAUCUUAUAAUUGUUGAUACCAGUGGGCGGCACAAACAAGAAGCAGCUCUUUUUGAAGAAAUGCGCCAAGUUUCGGAAGCAACGAAACCAGAUCUUGUUAUAUUUGUUAUGGAUAGCAGUAUUGGUCAGGCUGCUUUUGAUCAGGCCCAAGCAUUUAAACAGAGUGUUGCUGUUGGAGCUGUAGUUAUCACCAAAAUGGAUGGCCAUGCCAAGGGUGGUGGUUCUCUUAGCGCUGUUGCAGCAACAAAGAGUCCUGUCAUAUUCAUAGGAACUGGUGAACAUAUGUACGAGUUUGAAGUUUUUGAAGUUAAACCAUUUGUUAGUCGUCUAUUAGGCAUGGGUGACUGGUCUGGGUUUAUGGAUAAAAUUCAUGAAGUUGUUCCAAUGGAUCAACAGCCUGAAUUACUUCAAAAGCUGACAGAAGGGAACUUCACCUUGAGGCUUAUGUAUGAGAUAUUUCAGAACGUACUUCAGAUGGGUCCUAUUAGCCAGGUAUUUUCUAUGCUUCCUGAGUUAAUGCCAAAAGGCCGUGAGAAAGAAAGCCAGACAAAAGUUAAACGUUACAUGACAAUAAUGGAUUCAAUGACAAAUGAAGAGUUGGAUAGUUCAAACCCGAAGCUUAUGAAUGAAUCACGUAUGAUGCGAAUAGCUCGAGGUGCAGGCCGUCAAUUUAGGGAAGUGUUGGACAUGAUGGAAGAGUACAAACGCCUUGCAAAGGUUAGCAAAAUGAAAGGGCUUAAAAUGCCAAAGAAUGGUAACAUGAGUGCCCUGUCUCGAAAUAUGAAUGCACAAAACAUGGCCAAAGCCCUCCCUCCACAGUUGCUCAAACAAUUUGGUGGCAUGGGUGGGUUACAAAACUUUAUGAAGCAGAUGGGAUCUUCGAAAGACAUGAUGGGAAUGUUUGGUGGUGGCGGUGAAUAG